CAAUCUAUCUCUUACUUGUUAGUCCGCACGUACUUUUGAAGACUUGUGGUUUGAAUUAUUCUAUCUCAUUUAAAAAGAAAGAAAGAAAGAAAGAAAAGAUUCUCUUAUUGGUGUUAUGCUCUUCCUCUUCUCUUCCAUCUGAGUCAACAUCAUCAUCCUUUUCAUCUCCAUAAAGUUAUAUUCCUUUUAAUUAUUAUUAUUUUCAUUAAAGGUUUUACAGUUCAUUUUUCAAGUUUUAUUUCUGAAACUUAAAAAGAGUUUUGGUCACAUGGUUUUGAUCAGAAACAUAACUCCUACUCCACCAGGCCAUUAAAUUCCCUCUUUGGUCAUCCCACGUCAUCUUUUUCAAAUUCAAGAAAGCCUCAUUUUGUAUUUCAAGAUUCAUUCAUCAUCAUUUACACAGCAAUAUAUUUAAAAGAAAAAAAGAAUGGAAAGUGGUGGGUUUUAUCCAGAUUGGAAAGAGACAUCAUCUUUCUUGUUUGGAUCAGAGAAUAUGGAGGAAGAUGGAGUUCUGAGAGCUGAAGACCUUUUCUCAUCUAUUCCCCAGCCUCAGACACCAAAAGAGCCAAUGGAGUUUCUGUCUAGAUCCUGGAGUCUCUCUACUUCUGAAAUAACCAAAGCACUUUCACUCAAACAUAGACAACAGGAACAGCUCUGUGUUGCUCAAAACACUCCUCAUGUCUUGUUCCCUGACGCUGCUGCUGCAGAUCCACUCGUGGCUGGGAAGAUCAUGAACUCGUUUGGCACACGCAAGGGAGGAGCAUUGUCAAAAUGGUUUCACCACCACAAGGAACAUACUAGCAGCAGCAGCAGCAACACCAUCAACUAUCUCAAUAAGAAAGACAAGGUGCGCGUUGAGAACGCGCACGUGCAUUCCGCAGUCUCAAUAGCCGCUCUGGCUGCAGGUUUAGCCUCUGUGACAUCUGCAAGCAACAGCAAAGGGCCAGGAUCCAAGAUGGCUCUGGCAUUGGCCUCAGCCACCGAGCUUCUGGCCUCGCAUUGCGUUGAGAUGGCUGAGCGAGCCGGUGCUGACCGUGGACGUGUUGCUUCCACUGUUAGAUCUUCUGUGGAUAUUCACAGCCCUGGUGACCUCAUGACACUUACAGCCGCUGCUGCAACAUCUUUGAGAGGAGAAGCGACUCUGAAGGCGAGACAACCAAAGGAAGCAAGGAAAAACGCAUCUAUUGCACCUUUCGAGAGAAGCUUCUCUGACUCUCAUUGGCCUGCAAACAUUCAAUUUAGGUUGGAAGAACCAAAUCUUCCAUUAGAAGGUGAACUGAUGCAAUGCUCACGACAUGGACUGCUACGUAGUAAGCGUGUCUGUGUCUAUAUUAACAAGAAGUCUCAGGUAAUGAUCAAACUCAAAAGCAAACAUGUUGGAGGAGCAUUCUCCAAGAAGAUCAAAAGCGUUGUCUAUGGAGUCUGCGAUGAGAAAACAGCUUGGCCAUACAGGAAAGAGAGGGAAAACAACUCAGAAGAAGUUUACUUUGGUCUGAAAACAGGACAAGGGCUUUUGGAGUUCAAAUGCAAGAACAAGAUUCAGAAGCAGAGAUGGGUAGACGGGGUACAGUCUCUUCUAGGCCAAGUAAACUGCUUCGAUGCUGCCAAGUGCUCGCUGGGUUCUCUGAGUCUCACUAGUAAAACGUGAUCAUGUAUUAUAUAGUGUAUGUCCACAUUUUUUGCUGUUGUGAUGAAACUGGCAAAGUACAAUCCUCAGAAGACUUUUGGAUAAAAGCACAAAAGGUUGUUCAACAAUGAUCACAUUUUUUGUGUGG